AUGUUGGCGUCUGUGUUUGGAAGAAAGUUUGAAGAGGUACUUGAGUGGGCACAAGAGCAAGAAGACGAAGUCAAAGACACAGAUGUAGACCUGCAGUUUGGUAACAGCCCAGCCCCCGCUAGCCCCGGUGGCACAGUAACAGCAGCCGCAGACACCGUAGAAGACAUCCCGGAAAAGGGUGACCAAGUAUGGCGGCUACUCCAGCACCUGUGCACGGGAGAAUCCGAGGGCAUAGUGGUGAACUCUGGUGGUGGUUUUGAGGCCUGGAGACGCCUGCACCGGCGGUUCGACCCGCUGUCGGCAGGCCGCAAGAGGAACCUCUUGAGGGCCAUUCUGUCACCAGUGAGAGUCAAGGGUUGGGAGCAUGUUAGACAAGCUAUAGACCAACUAGACGACCUGAUAAGAAGAUACGAAGCCCGAAAGAAUGAUGCAGGCGUGAGAGAAAAGUUGAGUGACGACUUGAAGAGUACAGCCCUAGAGUUGCUAGUUCCUACAGACUUAGAGCAGCAUCUUAUCCUCAACAAAGCUAGGUUAAACACCUACGAAGAUAUGAAGGGGGAGAUACAGCAGUUGGUUGAGGUUAAGACGAAAGGGACGGUAGAACAACCGGGGAAAAUCCCAGCGUCAUCGUCCCAAGGACCAGCGCCAAUGGAGGUUGAUGCCUUAACCCAAGCCAUAAGCUCCCUCAUGAAGGGGAAGGGGAAAGGUAAAGACCCUAAAGGUAAAGGUAAAGGUAAGGGUGGCAAAGAUGGCUCAAACGGAAAGGCUCAAGCCAAGAAUGGCUCUGUACAGAAGUUCCAAGGCAACUGUCACAACUGUGGCAAGCCUGGCCAUAAAGCCGCCGACUGUUGGUCAAAGCUCAAAUUGGGAAACACGGACUCAAAGAACAAGGGCAAGCCCAAGGACAAGGGCAAAAGCAAAGGCAAAGGAAAGCACGCUGGAUCCCUAGAAGAGGGAGAGGCAGAAGAACCAGCUCAGGAAGAUGAGCUGGGUGCAGUUGAACUUUGCGCUGUAGAAACCGCCUCCCAAGGCGGGCGGUGGAUGAAGUUUAACUACGACACAGGGGCGGCCCGGACAGCAAUCCCUCAGGACUGGGAGAGUAAGGGUUCGCCUGCUGAAGGCCCAGAGCUGACCUUCAAGACCGCAAGUGGAGAACUGAUCACCAGCAAAGGUGCAUGCAAAAUCUCCGGCAGAGACGAGAAUGGCCGGAUGAAGGGGAUCACUGGGUCCCUGGCCCCGGUGCACAAACCGCUGGUGUCAGCCUACAAGUGUGCGAAACAAGGGUAUGUGGGUGUGAUCCAAGAGGAUGAAGGGCACCUCAUACCCCGCGCAAGCCCGUUAGGCCAAAAGAUAGAAAAGCUGGUAAAACAUGCGAGCGCCGAGGAAAAGAAGGGUACGAUACCCCUCUACCAGGAGGGAGGUGUCUACAACUUCUACUUGGAAGCAAACGCAGUCGAGGCGGCCAAGGUGGCCGGACCAGAAGCUCCGGCGCAAAGCCCGGAAGGGGAAGAAGAAGGCGAAGUAGAGGUGGCGGCUCCUAAGCAGGUUCGGUCUCCGAUAGAACCGACCGCCGCAGAGAUAGCUGAGCACGAGGUGCUUGGACAUGUCCAAUACAGAGAGUGGUGUCGCCACUGCGUGGCUGCGAGAGGCAUUGGCCAGCAGCACCGCAGCCGGGAGCAACGUGAGCGUCAGAACGACGGACUUCCAACGGUGGCGUGUGACUACUGUUUUAUGGGACAAGACGAUGGCAAGGUGAAACCAAUCCUGGUCAUCAAAGAUUCGAAGACGCAAGCAAUAGCUGCGACUUUUGUGGAAGCCAAGGGAACAGACCCCUACGCCAUCAAGUUUUGGCAGGGCUUUGUCAAGCACCUUGGUUACAAGAAGUUCAUUGCGAAAAGUGAUGGAGAACCAGCCAUAAAGGCUAUGAAGGCGAAGGCCAUAGAUGGCCUGAAGGGGAUUGAAGCAAUAUCCCAAGAGACUCCCGAGGGAGACCACCAGGCCAACGGCCUGGCAGAGGUAGCUGUGAGAGAAGUGAAAAGGCAAGUACGGGUCAUGAAGAGCUCUCUGGAGGAGAAGCUCGGGAUCACGCUAAGUGACGAGGACCCAGUCCUUGCAUGGCUGCCGAGACACGGAGCAGACUUGCUCACGAGGUAUAGGAAGGGAGAAGACGGCAGGACGCCCGAGCAGCGCCGGUCAGGGAAGGCCUGGAGACGGCCAGCCUUAGAGCUGGGUGAAAGGCUUUUCUACCGUGAAGCGGUCGCCGCGGAAUCCAACAAGAAUGAUCUCCACAUGAAGAUGUUGGAGGGCAGGUACAUAGGACACCAUGGCGGGACCGGAGCGUUGCUGGUCAUCACACCCAAUGGUGUGAAGAGGGCGCAAGGAGCCACAGGCUCAACGGAGAAGGCCCGCUUCCAGUGCAGGCCCGGCACCAGUGUUGGCGCCGCCAGUCCAAAGGUCAACCACACAGAGGCCUGCAGAGCCAGAAUGAUGGAGCUUCUAGCUCAAGACGAGAGGGGAAAGGCCAGAAUUGAGGCACACGAGUUGCGCCAGAGACGAAGGCCAGAGCCCCCAGAGAGGGAAGAAGAGCUCCGAGUAGCUGAUGCGGUAGGUGAACCGGAGGCUUCAGGCGUGCCUGAGGCAGGAGGGAGAAAGAAAAAGAGGGGCACGAGUAGCCCGGGGUCACCCGGGACUCUGCCGGUAGGAAAGCAGACGCCGCAGAAGCGAGGAGCUGAGAGUAGACCAACAGAGUUAGAAAAAGAGACGGCGAAGCCGAUGUCAGCAGAUGAAAGGGCUCGAAGAGCCUACUACGACCUUGACGAACCACCGCCCGCGCAAAGUGAACCGAGCGCGGCAAGUGGAAUCAAAAGAACGGCCGAGGAGCCGCCUGAAAGCUUAGACCCUAGAGCAACAAGCUCAGGAGAUGUAGAAGAACUGGUGUCGCAGCCAGUGGUACAGCAGCAGGCUGAAGAACAGCCGCCGCAAAGCAUGCAAGCGCUGAGUUCUCUCAAACGAGAAACUGCACUGUUAGUGCAAGGCAUGGUUCGGAACAAGUAUAGGGCAGAGCAAGUAGACGUCACCGAACAGGAGGUGAUGGAUAUCGCAUCCUUGUGCACAGCCAUGGGAGCCGUGGAUGUGAUGGAAAUCUACAGCCCAAAACGGUUUACGGAACACGCGCCGCGACUGGGCCUUUUGCCUGGAUAUGCGGUAGACUUGUGUGAGACCAAGCCCAACAGUGAAGAGCAUUGGGACCUGUCUAGAGAAGAAGACAGGAAAGAACUAGAGGAGCUGAUUGAUGCAGAAGAACCCCGGCUGUUGACCGGAGGCCCGCCGUGCGAAGCCUUCUCGAGGCUUCAAGCACUCAACCAGAAGCGGGUGUCACCAGAGGUGAGAAAGAAAAGAAGAGAGCAGGGAGAGCAACACCUGCACUUGAGCAUUAAGAUGUACCGAAAGCAGAUGGAAAAGGGAAGGUACUUCCUACACGAGCAUCCGUGGAGCGCGGACUCAUGGUACGACGAGGAAGUCAAAGCCCUCGCAGAGGAUGAAAGAGUUUACGUGGUAAAAGGCCCCAUGUGUAAAUGGGAGAUGAAGGCCAACGACGUGGCAGGAAACAAAGGAUAUGUGAGAAAGGAAACCGGCUGGAUGACAAACAGUCCAGUGUUGGCCGAAAUCCUUCAGGGAGAGUGCAGCAACAAGCAGGGAGGACUGUGGCAUAGGCAUGUCCGCCUUAUAGGUGGAAUCGCCCGAGGUGCUGCGGUUUACCCGCCAAAGCUGGUAAAUGCUGUACUUAAAGGCUUGAAAGAACAAAUGGUUGAAGAUGGAAGCCUAAGCGCCGUAGAUGCGUAUGCGGCAGGACCAGUACCCGAGGAGCCCAGCAUGCCUGCUGGCAACUGGUACCAAUACUGGGACGACGUGAAUGGAGGGUACCUGGACUCCGAAGGAGUCCUCAAAGCUAGACAGCUGGAGAUGGAGUACAUCCACAAGCAAGGUGUGUGGAAGAGGGUACCUCUGGACCAGUGCAUUCAAGAAACAGGCAAGCAACCAAUCCCACUGAAGUGGGUAGACACGAACAAAGGGGAUCACACGAACCCCAACUUGAGGUCCAGACUGGUCGUGAAAGACAUCAAGGCCAGGAAGGGCCCCGAGGACCAGCUAGACCCAGCGAUGUUGUUUUCGGCUAUGCCCCCGCUAGAAGCGGUGCGCAUUCUUACGUCCAUGCUUAUGAGCAAACAACGCUCGAAGCACGGGAGGCCGUUACGACUUGGGAGCUGGGACAUCUCAAGAGCCCAUUUCUAUGGGACUCCAAAGAGAAACAUUUAUGUGAAGCUCCCAGAGGAAGAGGGAGCAGGAGAAGGAGAGUGUGGACUGCUAUUGAAGUCAAUGUACGGAACGCAAGACGCGCCAGCGAUAUGGCAGGACCACUACACUCAAACUCUGAUUCAAGCAGGAUGGAAGAGAGGAAGAAGCAAUGGUGCAGUCUUCUAUCACCCAGUGCUGGAUGCCCGUGUCUUAGUACACGGAGACGACUUUCUGUGCUUGGGUGACGAAGCAGCGCAGGAAGCACUAGACAAGACACUCCGAGAAGCCUACGAGCUGAAGCGCACAGGAGAGGUAGGAAUCGGAGUUGCAGGAAGCAACCAGAUCACUUUCCUCAAUCGGGUGAUACGGUUGGAGCAACACAGUGGGAGACCCUGCGCCGUGAUUGAAGCAGACUCGCGGCAUGCAGAACUCCUCAUCGAGGAGCUGGGUCUGAACAAUGGUAAGGGCGUAGAGACAGCGGAUGUUAAGAAGUCUGUGGAUCAACAAUUGCUGGAAGCUAAGGCAGCUGCACUUCCACCAGAGAUGGUGAAGCAGUAUAGGUCCUUGGUGAUGCGCGCAGCAUACUUGGCACAAGAUCGUGCAGACAUAGGCCAUGCGGUCAAGACACUGUCAAGAAAGAUGGUAAUGCCGACAGACGCUGACUGGGGCAACCUGAAGCGGUUGGCUCGUUAUCUCAAGCAGUACCCGUAUGCGAAGUUGGUUUAUGAACAACAGCGAGAACCAACCAAGCUCCGUAUCCAAGUAGAUGCGGACCAUGCAGGUGACGCCGUUACGAGACGGAGCACCACGGGUAUGAUCGCGUUCUAUGGCCAGCAUCCCAUAAAGCACUCGUCAAACGUGCAGUCGACGAUUGCCCUAUCGACAGGGGAGUCAGAAUACUACGCCUUAGUGAAGGCAGGUUCGACUGGACUUGGGAUCCAGUCCCUGUUAGAAGAUUGGAGCUGCGAGCUGGAGGUUGUCUUGGAGACGGACUCCAACGCAGCCAAAGGCCAAGGGAGCCGGAUAGGCCUGGGAAAAGCUCGCCACGUACAAACAAGGUACUUGUGGUUGCAAGAACGCGUGGCAGCAGACCACUUGAGGAUCCAUAAAGUGCUUGGGGAGAAGAACUGUUCAGAUAUCCUCACGAAGAGCGUAGGAGGACCAACGCUGAGGUCCCUGGCCAGACUCCGCUACCUAGGCGUGAGAAUGUUCUCGAUCUGCACGCUGACCACCGUGGGCUAUGGGGACGUUAUCCCCUUGACCCGCACGGGUAGAACGCUGGCUGCCUUCAUCGCGGUCUGCGCUGUCAUCAUCAUCGCCCUCGCCGGCGCCCUGCUGUACUUCAACUUCUGCGAGUUGCUUCCCCAGCGUUCCGCCAAAACGCACGCCGUCAAAGAGAGCCCACAGGCCCGACUGCUGGAGGACCCCCCACCCCCUCGCCGGGCCUAUGCAUUAUAA